AUGACGGAGAUGAACGUCGAAAAAUUUGGUACCUACCUCACUUUGGGGUUUAUCACCCUAAAAAACCAACCCAAAUCCGUGUGGUCUUUGACUCGUCUGCUGAGUUCGAAGGAGUAUCAUUGAACAAAGAAUUGCUCCCUGGUCCUGAUGUUCUGAACAGUCUACAUGGAGUUUUUAUCCGUUUUCGUCUAGAGAACAUUGCAAUAAUGUGUGAUAUAGAACAGAUGUUUCAUUGUUUUCAUGUCACUCCGAAAGACAGAGACACGUUACGCUUCCUCUGGUUCGACCAAAAUGACCAUACUAAAGAAAUCAUCGAUUACCACAUGGUUGUUCAUUUAUUUGGUAAUACGUGCAGCCCUGCAAUUGCUACUUAUGGCUUGAGGAAAACAGCAAACGAGGGCGAGGAGAAGUAUGGUCACGAGGCGAAGAUGUUCGUCAAAGACAACUUUUAUGUGGAUGACGGGCUGACAUCUCUUCCUACCGUGAACGAGGCCGUAGAUUUGGUAAAGAACACUCAAGCCAUGCUUGCCGAAGCAAAUCUACGACUCCAUAAAAUCGUGUCGAACUCAAUCGCAGUAAUGGAAGCGCUACCCCAGCAAGACCGUGUCGCAAACAUUAAAGAUUUGGACCUAUAUAACGAGCCUCUACCAGUUCAACGAUCUUUGGGAAUGUACUGGAGUCUGCAAGAUGAUACCUUUGCAUAUCGAGUAUCUCCGUCUGAGAAGCCAUACACACGUCGAGGAGUCCUAGCAGUCGUCAACUCGGUCUAUGAUCCACUUGGGCUUGCAACACCAGUCACUCUAAAGGGUAAACUUAUUCUCCGAAAGCUGGUUGCUAUGGGAAACAAAGACCGUACGGAAGAUACACUUCUCGGAUGGAAUGACCCACUUCCUGGAAAGUUAAGUAGAGAAUGGCAAUGUUGGUGUAAUUGUCUUGUUGAUCUGGAAAACGUUCACAUUCCAAGAUGCUAUCACGCCGCAGAUUUUGGAAACGUUAUUCGAAACGAAUUACAUGCGUUCUCGGAUGCAAGUGAGGAGGCCGUCGGUGCUGUCGUUUACCUGAAGCAGACUAACGUACGAGAAGAAGUGAACGUGUCACUCGUGUUUGCAAAAGGGAAACUAGCACCGAAACAAGCAACAACUAUCCCACGAUUGGAACUUUGUGCUGCGGUAUUAGCAACUCAGGCUGUCGAACGAACAAUCAAAGAACUUAAAUCCUUGACCAUUGAUGAAGUAAUUUUUUACACCGACUCAAAGGUGAUCUUGGGCUACAUCCAGAAUGAAAGUCGGCGAUUUUACGUCUAUGUGGCUAACAGGGUCCAAAUUAUCCGAAAGGUAUCUGAACCAUCCCAAUGGAGAUACAUCGAAACAACCGAUAACCCAGCAGACCUCGCCACGAGAUGUACAUCCGCGAAUGUCCUGAUGGAAUCAUGCUGGUUUGAAGGCCCCAAGUUCCUAAGCGAUGUAACUGCUACCCUGGACAACAAUGAAAAAUCAAUGUUAUGCGAGGACGACCCAGAAGUCAGACCACAGGUUGCUAUCCACAUCACGAGUAUGACAAAAGAUACAACUUUAAAAUCGGUCAGAUUUAUGCGUUUCUCCAAGUGGUCAGUUCUACGUCGGGCCUUAGCAAACCUGAUUGUUAAAGUGAGAGAAUUUAAGAACAGGCGGAAAACUCUCGCGAAAGAGAACGUCGAAGGUCCACACCAACCUCCUAAGCCCCUUAAUCGUCAGCAACCUAUCCAACUCCCUCGAUUACCAUCAUCGGCCGAGCUGAAGCAAGCAGAAACAGUGUUGAUCAAAACGGUCCAAAGUGAAAACUUUGCCACCGAGAUAGCUACGCUUCACAGUACUGAGCUGGACGAAAAGACCAAGAACGACCUGAAGAAAUCAAACUUGUAUCGUCUAGAUCCCUUCCUUGACGAUUGUGGUGUUUUAAGAGUCGGAGGACGCCUUCGUCGCUCAAACCAAGACUUUGUCGAGAAACAUCCAGCUAUCCUACCCAAAGGACACCACCUUUCACACCUGGUAAUUACCCACCACCACGAAAAGGUUUAUCAUCAAGGUCGACAGAUUACCAGUGGGGCGAUCCGUCAGGCCGGCUAUUGGAUCGUCGGAGCCAGUCGUAUGGUAUCGAAAUCGUUGAACGCCUGCGUAACAUGUAGAAAGCUACGAGGGAAGACCCUUACACAGCACAUGGCAGAUUUGCCACCUGAUAGAUUGGAAACUCCACCUCCGUUCACCAACGUUGGUUUUGACGUAUUUGGUCCAUGGAUCAUACACACCCGAAAACUGAGAGGCGGGGCGGCAAACUCUAAACGAUGGGGACUCGUCUUCACUUGUCUAAAUAGCCGUGCGAUUCACAUCGAGGUUAUAGAAACGAUGGAUGCUAGCUCAUUUAUCUGUGCUCUACGACGUUUCCUCUCAAUUCGUGGUCCAGUGUCGAUCCUGAGAUGCGAUCAAGGGACAAACUUUAUUGGAGGAAAGUCCGAACUAGAUACUGUCCUACAGGAAACCGACCUUAAGAAUAUCGAGAAAUACGUCACCGAACAAGAUUGCGAGUGGAUUUUUAACCCACCCCACGCAUCACAUUUUGGAGGAGUAUGGGAGCGACAAAUUGGAACUAUACGUCGCAUCUUAGAUGGUAUGUUACACAAGAUUGGAUCUUCGCAACUCACACAUGAGCUUCUAGUAACACUGAUGGCAGAGAUAACGGGAAUAGUAAAUUGCCGUCCCAUUGCUGUACUUCCAACAGAUAUCGAGGAACCACAGCCAUUAACCCCCGCAAUGCUUUUGACGAUGAAGAUCAAACCACUUUCCCCUCCACCUGGCAUCUUUGUUCAUCAGGAUCUGUAUUCUCGUCGACGUUGGAGAAGAGCGCAAUACCUCGCCGACCAGUUUUGGAUUCGCUGGAAGAACGAAUACCUCCAAUCGCUUCAAUCCAGAUCUAAAUGGAACAAACGUCACCCUAAUCUGGAAGUUGGUGACAUCGUUCUCAUGAAAGAUGACACACUCCGGAACCUUUGGCCAAUGGGAAGAAUCACAAAGGCAAUCAAGAGCGAAGAUGGUAAAGUUCGGAAAGCGGAGGUGAUGGUAUACCGCCAUGGAGAAAAGAAGACUUACACGCGACCAAUUGGGGAACUUAUACUCUUAUUGAACAACACACAAGUUAGGUAGCAAGGACUUCGUCCUUGGGCGAGAAGUGUGAAGUUAUGCUAAUAUGUAGAAUGCAUGCUUGACUAAAUACAUACAUAAUUAAUCGAUCUACUAGAGUAGAUAAAUAGGCCAGAUCUUGGGAUUUUGGGGAGGGGAAAAAUUAAAACACGGGGAACACUCUACAAGACUUCAACGGAAAUCAUUUAUGGGAAUUUGAAGGACUUCGAUCUCAUAGAGUUAUAGACGUAAGUCAGUUCAUUUAUUUCAUACUAUAUUUACAAGCUUAUCGUGCACGAAUUUACAAACUGUGUGCUUAGUGUAGCGUAUUAUUGAUUUAUAGUUUUCACCGACGGAUAUACAGGAAUAUACAGAAUCAAGUGUAGCUUAAUACUAAGCAAGAAUGUAUCAUUUAUAUUAAAUCAAUUUAAACUGUGUAUUCGUUUGGUUGACACUGCGUUCUCUGCCCGCGACGCGACAAUUACUUAUGGAAUUUUUGGCGAGAAAUUACGGAGGAAUUGUGCCUAAAUAAUUGUAUUCGGUCCGAAAACAUUUGGUGGCGGGGAGGGAGGUUGACACGAAUGUAGGAUCAUGACGCCCUUUUAUUUUCAUUGGUGCCUUUUAUCAAGCUUUUUUAUUAUUGCCACUACAUACACUGGCAGAGACCGUUCGAGAUUCAGAUAACACAGAACGUCAGAAGGCUCAUUAAGACUUUGCCCCAUUCUAUAAGUCUCAAUAUAUUUAAUUUAUUUUGUGGAUGUUUGUGGUUUUAAAUCCAAAAUUAUGACCGAAAAUCCUCACAUUAAUGUUCAUUUAAAACCCUGUUUAAAACCGAUAAUGAUUGCGCGCGACACGUCACGCGGCGGAGUUUGCCAGUAUAUGAGCUUGCCACUUAUUUCCUUGGAAAAUGAGCCUGCAGGUGUACUGAACGACUUCCUGCGUUUGAUAUGUAUGACGUCAUCUUCGUUCCCAGAGCCUCUAGGUCUACUGCUCUGUAGGAGAUUAUAAAAGUGAAUGCUUGUGUUGAAAUUGAUCAGAAGCUGUUGAAGUUAGUCGUUGGGGGUAAAAGUACAAAUAAUUUUCAAGCGACGCUUUCCAGGUAAAUAUAUGAGUUUUGAUAGAUAUAAUUUUGUGUAAUAUCAGACUAGACAAUUCAUGCAGCAGUUAUGACUUGUACCACGGUUAAUAGAGCUUGUACUCAAGUCUGGUUUUCAUUUCGUUGUUAAGGUGGUCGUUGACGCACAAGGCGGCCCAAUCUCUGAUUGGUCUACAAAUAUCAACAAUAUAUGUAAAAAUAUAUCUCUAACUUGUUAAUAGCAUGUAUUUGUUGUGUUUCGGAGUUUAGUUGAUGCGAUUGCUUUACGUUUUCGUCGUACUUGAACGGGCGUCAAUAAUGACACUGAACGACACAGGGUAAAAGAACUAGAAGGCUGACCACUUAUCAGAUAUACUCUCCGACAUCGAGUCCAAUAUCUCUUCUCAGAAUCGUUGCAUAGCAAUAAAAAUUUUGCAUCGCCUAAUUAAUAGUAUGAAUUACGUUCCUCUUUCGAAAGAACAUGGUUUGUUUGCCAUUUGAGCAAUUACCGUGAAACAAAACGAACUUUGUUUAUCCAACAUCCAUUUUCGACAGAAGCGUUUACCCAAUGUUCGUUGCCACGAAAGCGUCUCAGCGACCUGACACCCUAGUUCAAAAACAUUCAAUCAGGGUGGGGGUUAGACUUGGAUCAAGUCCGUCUCUCUAGAGUCCGAAUCGCGAAGCAACGAGAUCGAGCGCGAGGCGGACUUUUGAGAGACGGACUUGAUCCAAGUCUAGGUGGGUUAUAAUAUACAACAGUUCAUUUAAUAGUAUGUAAUAUACCACAGUAAUUUAGUAUUAUAAAACACUGAAGUCCUUUCCCCUUAGUCCUCGUGUCUAAUAACCCUCGCUCCACUCCUUUUUUGCUCGGUCAAACACUACAUCCUUUUUUUCAUUUUUUUAAUACAAUAAGACUAAGCUAAACUUGAACUAAAUGAAACUAUUAAUGUAUAUUAUCUUUAAGUUACUGUUCGACUGUUCUUUAACUAAAACAGUGUUAUUAUCUAAAAUUAACACCUCUAUACUUCCUUAACUGAUGUUAAUAUGCUAAUGAUGUUAAUUAGUAUAAUAAUACUUACUAUACUUAUAGCCUUUAUUUUCCCCCCCCCCCCCCCCUAAGUAAUCCGGUCUGUUUUUCCUGUUACUUCGCUUUGGAUAUCUUCUGACUUUCGUCCCAUGUUCUUUCAUUUUCCAACUGCUUGUCUUGUAAAUUGCAGUCGUUAGAAAUUAAAAAUGUGAAGAAAUUCUACCGUCUAGCCAGGCGCAAUUUAUUUUUUUGAGAAAACAAGGUAAAACUUUGAGAAUAUUUUAAAUAUUACUACAAUGAAGUGUGACCAGGCCACACAAUUAUGUAUAUAAAUAUAUACCAAUAGAACUAACAAGUGGACAAACCAAUCCACGGUACAAAAUAUUAAUGCUCAUUCAACACCAAAAUAUUUUCUGGUUUCUGAACGAUGCCAUUGUUAUGGAGGUAACAUAACCCAUACGCUAUAUAUCUCGAGCAAUUUUUGGCUAAAAUUUUCUAAGCUCACGAUGGACGUCGAGUUUUUCACCAAUAAAAUUCAGGAAACCGCCAAGCUAAGUGGAACAACAUGAUGUACAAUGGACGCUAUUAUUUGAAAGGUUUCCACAAACACCUUUUGACUUUGCAACAUUUUUCGGCUAUCGAAUGUCUGGAGUGAGGUAGGUAAUCUUCGAGUUAAGCCCUUCGAGUUAAGCCGUUUUCGAGUUAAGCCCCGACCACGCCCAAACCACACCCAUUUUCGUCAAGGGCUUAAUUUAACUCGAAGAAAGAAACACAACUUGGAAAGUUCGAGUUAAGUCCCGUGAAAAAAGAGGGGCUUAACUCGAAGUCGUUGAAAAUAUUCGAUGCUCGAGUUAAGCCCCGACAUUUGAGGCAUGUAAAAGAGCAAUGAUUUGAGUCGUCCACUAUGUAGCUGGAAAUAGUUAUCAUUACGUCUCGGCUUAAAUAAGCUGCAGCCUAAAUGAGUCGCGAACAAUUAUUACAGAUUAUUUUGGACUAGCUUUUAUACCUCCGAGCUUAUUACGAAUAAAUUGACCUUUUAUACGAAAUAAAGCCACGAGGUCAAAAUUUAUUCGUAAUAAGCUCUGAGGUAGAAAAGCUAAGUAAAAAAUGAUCUGUUACUUAAUGAAACUUGACUGUUUAUACGAGUUGUUCGUGACUCAUUUAGGCUGCAGCUUAUUUAAGGGAAUUUUUUAGCCGAGACUUAUUAUAACUAUUUCAGGGCUUAACUCAAGCGUCAAAUAUUUUCAACGACUUCGAGUGAAACCCUUCGAGUUAAGCCCUUUUCGAGUCAAGCCCCUGCCACGCCCUUUUUCGCCGGGGGUUUAACUCGAAGUCAAUUAACGAUUUAAGCUCUGACAUUUGGUGGAUGUAAACAAGUGAGGCGUGUAUACUCGCAAAAAUAUUGGCAAAUCGAGGAAGAAUGUAAAAUUUCAGCAUCCUAAUUAAGAAAUAUAUUUUACUAAGAUCUCUGUUGCUUUGCCUACAGUUUUAUACAGACAAUGAUAUCGUGAAAUGAGGGAACUCAAUAAGGAUUUGUACUAACAAAAAUCGUAACUUACAGCUCCUUCAGGGCGGCAAUUACGGCUUUAAAAAAUAAAUAAAAUAUAGCGACACUUGCAAAACGCAAACCUUAGGCAUGUUCAUAUGGAGGCUAGACUGCGUAGCAGGCGUGAGGCAAGCUAGUUUUCUAACCGUAAUUUUCUCGUCUUUGCGUUAGUAUUUUCACUUAAAAAUUGCAUGUUUUAACUUUUUUUUAAUUUUCAAUGGUUUUAGACCCAUUCUCCAGACUCUUAACGGUGAAAAUAUGCGAUUCUGACUAGCAUUUUUUAUCGGACUCGUACUUGUUUAUAGUGGUUAUCCAUUUGGCAUGGAGAAAUAUAUCAUUCGACAGCUAAAAGCCUGAUCUUUCCAAAGAUGAAAACAUCUCGUUCAUCCCGGAGUCUGAGUUCAGAUACAAUAGCCCGUUGAAGUUCGAUUACCAUUUUUUUAUACACCCUGUAUAUAUAUUAUUUAUUUUUAAAGCCGUAAUUGCCGCCCUGAAUGAGCUGUUGCAAAUCCAUAUUGAGUUUUCUCAUUUCUAAGGUAUCUCAUUUCACUUACCUCCUCCGCAGGCGCUUAGGGAGCAUUUCAGGCAGGUUCGGAAAAUUUACGUUUCUAAAAGUGGCCCGCAACUUUCCACCGCCCGCAAAUGUGCCCGGAAAAGGGCCUGCGGAGGAGGUAGUCAUUUCACGAUAUCAUUGUCUGUAUAAAACUGUAGGCAAAGCAACAGAGAUCUUAGUAAAAUAUAUUUCUUAAAAUGCUGAAAUUUUACAUUCUCCCUCGAUCCUUAUUUGCCAAUAUUUUUGCGAGUAUAUACGCGUCUCUUGUUUACAUCCACCAUGCAAAUGUCGGGGCUUAACGCGAAUGCUUAAAUAAUUAAAUCGUUAAUUGACUUCGAGUUAAGCCCCCGGCGAGAAAUGGCGUGGCAGGGGCUUAACUCGAAAAGGGCUUAACUCGAAGGGCUUAACUCGAAAAAUACCUACCCCCUUUUUCCACGGGGCUUAACUCGAACUUUCCAAGUUGUGUUUUGGUUGUGUUUCUUUCUUCGAGUUAAGCCCCUGACGAAAAUGGGUGUGGUUUGGGCGUGGUCGGGGCUUAACUCGAAAAGGGCUUAACUCAAAGAUUACCUACCUCUCUGGAGUGAAGGCUUUAAUUUACUGUCUUUACUAUUUUGAAUGCACUUGUUUGAUAUGGUAAUAAGCAUUUACUCAUUCAACACAAAAUAAUAUCUUUAGCAGUGGAUAUAAAAAUGAUAACGCUCUAAAAUCAGGUCAAUUUUUUCCACAGAUUUGGACGUUCAUAUGAAAAAACGGCCAGCAAAUCGUGCUGUUUUAUUUGCAACUGUUGGCACAGCCUAUGGCCCUUACAGUCUAUACGAAGAAGCAUAAAGGUCUAAAUUGCGUCCUCAGAAUGAAAUAAACACAUUUCGCUUUACAAACUUACAGGUUACCGGCUAAAAAUAAUUAAAAUAUGACACAAAACAUAAUCCGAAGAUAAGCAUCUUGAAACCCAAGAUAUGGAUUUUUAAAAACAAGACAAGAAUGAGUUUGUGUGAUAUUUCAAUUUUAUUGCGAAGUCACCAACAAACAGACUAAAUUAACAAUAUAAUACACGGUCUAGCUUAUAUAAAGCUUUCAUUACAUGACCAAGAUCACAUGACGUCAUUACGAGGGGAAUUUGUUGGCAAGAGUCUGAUUAUGGAAAGUGUUGUGAAAAGAUUAAGAAAACAGGACAAAUUCCUUGCUGGCUUUGAGGAAUAAAAGGAAGUUAGAUGUGCUAGAGUUAGCGUUGUGAAGGAUUUGUACAUUGUCACAAAUUAGGUUUGAGACACACGAAAGCCCUGGGAACGAGGUUGGAUUAUCAUCGAGGUAUUCGACACUCCUUAUUUUCAACACUCCUUAUUUUCAACACUUCGCAUUUUCAACACUCUGCAAAUUCAACACUCCACAAAUUCAACACUUCGCAUUUUCAACUUUUCGCAAAUUUAGCAAUCCGCAGUCCGCACUCCGAUACUCCGCAAGUCCGCAUAUUCAUGUAAAGUCCGCAUAUUCAUAUAAACCGAUCGAAUCAUACGAAUCUUUCUAAAUUAUUGAACUUGACUGCGUUCAACCGUAUGUCUUAUUUCUAUUUAUAUCGUGUUGCUUUGAAAGCCCCGCAUUCCAGUCCAACUCCGCCCCCUCUGGCUGAGUGUUUUCGAACGAGAAGGCCAAUUGCUCAAAUGGCGAACAAACCAUGUUCUUUCGAAAGAGGAACGUUGGCAUACCAUUAGGCGAUGUGAAAUUUUUAUUGCUAUGCAACGAUUCAAUUCUGAGGAGAGAUAUUGGACUCAAUGUCGGAGAGUAUAUCUGAUAAGCGGUCAACCUCGCGCUAAGGCCCUAGGCCUGGGUACGAGGUUGAUAAGCAGUCAGCCUUCUCGUUCUUAUACCCCAUAUGUCGUUCAGUGUCAGUAUUGACGACCGUUCAAGUACGACGAAAACGUAAAGCAAUCGCAUCAACUAGACUCAGAAACACAACAAAUGCAUUCUAUUAACAAGUUAGAUACAUUUUUUACAUAUAUUGUUCAUAUUAUUGUUUUGAAUUAUUUCGUUAAAUAUUAUAAAUUUCAGAGAUUGGGCCGCCUGUGAUCAAUCCAACUACAGUUUCUAUGGUUUUGCAAAAUAUAUAGAUAAAAAUGGCACACAUGAUGCUGAUCGCUGUCGCUGAUUGGCUCCAGACUAACAGACGGUCUCACAGUGGUCUCGCACGAUGGAUUGUAUCUGCGAUUCGCAGAUACAAUCAAAGGCCGUUGAGGCCGACUCACGGAUGAGAUCAAAUGAAAGUGACAGAAUGAAUUAGAGCAGUUUGCACUGUUUUUGCAAACGGGCACCGUGCGAGUUUUGCCAUUUGUCGUGCUUCCUGUUUUGCCAAAUCAAAAGAACGAACGCGUGCAGAAAGGGUUCGCAACAUCCAAAUCAAAAUUGUCAUAUCAAUUCAAAAAGACUCUCAGAAGUUUGGGUAGUUUGCUUAUAUACAAAAUACCCUAAUGACACGUAAUUGAGACAUACCUUUUUUCGAAAAGAAAGGAAUAUAAAAGUUUAAUUUGUUAAGAAAACUAAAAAGACAAUUCCAUUACUUCCAUAUAUAUAGAGCGUUAUAAUUCUACGAUGGAUAAAAUAGAGGCUUCAGAUGACAGUAAUCUCAGAUUGUUGGAAGUAGGUUAAUUCUAUUAAUUAAAAAGACAAAUUAGUCAAAUUAUCAAUCCUCGUCGGCUCGUGUAAAUAAGGCGCGUAUUAGAACAUGCUCCCAUAAAAAAAUAAUAUAUAAAAUGAACGAAAACAGAUAUCGAUUCUAGAAGGAAAAAUCCUGGUAUAUACAUGUCGACCAUUGUUUGGCUUGUCUUAGCGAAAGAUCACAUUUUCAUCUAACCUUGUAUUGAUAUAUAUAUAUAUAUAUAUAUAUAUAUAUAUAUAUAUAUAUAUAUAUAUAUAUAUAUAUAUAUAUAUAUAUAUAUAUAUUUAAGAUGUAUAUUUCUAUGUAUAUUGACUCAGUCAGAUAAUAUUUUCAGUGGUAUAGACAUGAAAUUGCAUAUGUAUACUCCUCGUGGUCUUGCAGCAAUAUUUGACGAGCAAAGUUAAAUGCUAUAGGCAUAGCCAUAAUUGUCCUUUAAUUGAGAUGUUCGCGAGUUUCAAACAGGGUAUACUUACUAGUGAGGGUAUAUAAACAUAAUCAGUUAAACUAUACCCAGGUCCCAGAAACUUCCUGCUGGCCAGAAUCUAGUUAAGCAGCAGAUCUAGAAGACUUAAAAAACACUCAGUCUAUAGUAUAUAGGCACUAGCCAUAAUUGUCCUUUAAUUGAGAUGUUCGCGAGUUUCAAACAGGGUAUACUUACUAGUGAGAGUAUAUAAACAUAAUCAGUUAAACUAUACCCAGGUCCCAGAAACUUCCUGCUGGCCAGAAUCUAGUUAAGCAGCAGAUCUAGAAGACUUAAAAAGUACUCAGUCUAUAGAAUAUAUAGGCGUCUAGCAGAAGCUCACAAUUUUCAUUUUACUUUUACAGAAGCCAAGAAGAACGUGAAAAAUAAAACAACCAGAAACAACAUAUAGAACCAUGAAAUCAGUCGUGUUCUUAUCGCUCGUGAUUUUCUUCAGUGUUCUACCCAAGUACAGUCAACAAACAUUUUGGAGAAGUCCGGAACCAACAUUGCCAUCAGAUCCAAAUUCUCCAGUUUACAAAAGUAAGUUAAUAUCUAAUAUGAAGUUUUACUCAAUUGUUUUGGAAUUGACAAUUUAGCUAUUCCAGUGGCAGUGCUUGCAUGUUUUUCCUAACUCUGAAAAUACCUGCAUGUCCUGUUUUUAAGGGGUUUCCCAACAAAACAUUGCGCCGUUGCGCUGAUUCAGCUGUAACACCCAUGACUUUUAUAUAUAGAACUGAGGCAAAACAUUCCUUCUCCACAAAAGACUGCACAGAGUAUUUUGGAUAAUUUCAUACGCUAUCAGCCAGAAGGAGUCGGGAAAAGACAAAUUAAAAUGGAGGAUAUUGUUCUUAUAAUGGAUGGAUCAGGGUCAGUUAGUUCAUGCCAAUUUGAUUAUGGCCGAGAUGGGUUGAUCGCAUCAAUGAAAGUAUGCGAGGAAGAAGAAAAGAAGGGCAUAUCGAGCUGUCGUAGCGCAGCAAUCACCUUUGGUAGCUCGGCAAAUGUGAAAUUUAAUUUCUUAUCCUCUGCCCAAGCAAUUGAGAAAAUGAAGUCAAUCCCCUAUCCUGGUGGCAGCACAAAUACACAAGCAGCAUUGGCAGAAGCAGAGCAACUAUUACGCACAGGUUGGUGAACCAAAUUGUCAUUACAAGGUCGAAAGUAUAUAGCCGUAUAUAAACUAGAGCUAAUAGUAAUAGUCCCAGGAUUUCCUAAUUGAUAGUCCCCAUACUCCAUAGACAAAUAGGAUUUUAUCUUUCAGUUGUUUCGGUGGGAGUUCUCUAGCAUCGUAUCUGGACAAUUCGAACAGAUGCAAAAUUAUUUACGUCAAUUCAAAGCAGUGUAAAAACAGUGUACGAGUGUAUUUAUUCCCUUGGCGGUUAAUCCAACAUCCCUGUCCAUGCACACUGCACCAAGAAUGCAAGAUAAUAACACAAUGUUAGGCUAGAUGCUUUACGUUAUGUUUCCUCUUCAAUUAGGAAGCCGGCGCUUUUCAAAACUGAAGGUUCUUCUCAUGACCAAUGGACAGUCGAAUGUGCGUCGUGAUCUAACAGUGCCCAACGCGAAAAAGCUCAAGGGAAUUAAUGCGGAAAUUUUUGUUGUAGCAGUCGGUAAUAAGAAUAUGCGAGGAAUCCCUGAAAUGGUUAGAGUAGCUUCCAGUCCACCCGAGACCCACGUUUUUCGAGUUGAGAGAAACAGCGACAUGAAAUACGCGUUUGAAUUGGCUUUGGAGAAAGUAAAUUAUACGUACAAGGCGAAAAAACCGCUUCCUAAUCCAUGUCCUUGA